AUGUCGAAGCUAUUCAUCGGCGUAGAAAGCGGCCUCGCAUGGCAUACCGAAACGGCCACUCUUCGCCAGAAGUUUGAGGAGUUUGGCGCUGUUGAAGAAGCGGUGGUGGUUAAGGAUCGAGAUACUCUUCGCAGCCGCGGCUUUGGUUUUGUGCGCUACACCCAAGAGAGUGAUGCCCAGAACGCUAUAGCUGCCAUGAACAACGUCGAAUUUGACGGUCGAACGAUUCGCGUGGACAAAGCGUCUGACAAUAGCUCUCGCGGCGGUUAUGGGGGUGGUCGAGGAGGAGGCGCGGCAUUUGGAGGAAGGGGAGGCUACGGGACACCGAUGCCUUACGGUCUGCCGCAGCAGCCUCCUGCCUAUCCAGUCGUCGCUCCUCAGAUGUACGCACCCGCUGCGGUAGCAUAUGGUCGGCCUUACCCUCAACCUCAGCCGGGCUACGGCAUGCCUCCUCAGGCAUACGGCGUUCCGCAAUACGGAUACGCAGACCCCUCUCAGCAGCCAGUUCCCAUGUCGCAGCAGCACCAGCCUCCUGCUCAACCGCCUCCUCAGGGUGGGAGGGGGUAUUAA